AUGCUCAAUACUGGUUUAAAUAAUCUGUAGGAUCCUAACAAAAUAUAAGAUUAGUUCAUUUUAAAUUGCAAUAUAGUUAAAUUCUAGUUUACUGAUGGAUAAAUAUUUUAGAUAAAGAGAUCUUACGUUUGUAUAGAGGCACUUAAAGAUGCUGAUGAAGGAAAUUAUGAAAUUAUAAAUCUUGUAGAGAUAAUAAAAAAAUAGCUAUUUCAACACUAUAACUAUGAAACAGUUAAAUAUAGAGGGAGGAAUACAUUCAGCUUAAACUUUUUAGCAAAAGAAAAAGAGACGAGAGUCAUUCACCAAAUAGCUUACAUAGCUCUUAAAAGUGAUAACCCAUAAACUACUUAAAAAUUAGAUUCUACUUUAAAUAAAUUAAUAAAGAUGGAUCAUCCAAAUGUGUAAAAGAUUAUCAAAUAUAGUAGAUUAGAAAAUUCUUAUAUUGUAUUUAUGGAGGAAUGUAUUGGAUCCAUGCAAGAUCUACUUAUUUAGCAAUAAAAUAAUAUGAAUUAGAAUACUUUUUUAAAGUAUGCGGGAGAAUAUGUAAAUGGAUUAGAGUAUUUAGUAGAUAAAAUUUAAAUUUCUAGUCAGGUCUGUUAGUUGAAUAGUUUAAUGAUUUCCUUUAAUCAUUUAGCAAUCGUUCCCAUUUUAAUAGCAGGAGCCUGCGAAAUUAUGAAAGAAGGAGGAGUGUAUUAAAUUUAAGAGUUAAUAUAUAGUAUAAAUCAAUAAAUUUAUCAAGUUAAUUCAAUGUAAAAGUAAAACCCAAAUAGUGUUGUAGAAUUAUAUGCCAAUCAUGGGAUACUUGUUCUGCUUUUAAUUAAUAUUUUAAUACCAAACAUCAAAAAUUCAGCUGAAAAAAACUAUGUGACAAAGAAUAGACAAGAGAUAUUAUAAAAAAUGGUUUACUUUGAAAAUAGGGAAUAAAUUUUGAAUAUCAUUAUAGAUUUAGAGUCUUACUUUGACUCUAAUUUGACUAAAUAACCUCUGCAGAGUUUUAAUGUAUCAAUUAAUCAUCUUAAAAGAGGAGUUAAGUGGUUUAUAAGACCACAAGAUUUAUCUAUAAAUGGAAUAGAGCAGCAAACAUUGGCUGCAAAUUUCAUAAAUUAUGACUUUGCAUAGGUUUCUAUGAAUAAAUAUGUUCCUAUUUUGGAUGAGGAUCUAAUCAAUCAUUAUUUUCUUUUGUAUUAGCAAUAACUUUACUAACUAAAAAGAAAAAACCCACAGCUUUAUAAUUCUGAAAAUUAUAAUAAUUCUUAGUUAAGUAUUUCUCAAUUUAAAGAGUAAACAUCUCCAUCGAAGGCAGCAAUUAAUGAUAUUUCUAGUGGCUACAACUCUUAAAUUAGAAUAGAAAAAGAAAUUUAGUAAAAUUACUUACAAAAUAUUUAAAUUUUAGAAGAUUUUAUAUGCGACAAUAUUGAAGACUUUGAUUUGGAAGAUUAAAUUAAAUUAGAGGAUCUAAAAGCUAUUCUAGAUUCUCUUUGCAGCAAUAACAAUAAUAUAAAACCAGGCUUUUAAACUUCAAAUAGGUUUGACAAUUAAAUUUUUUAAGAAAUAAUGGAAAAAAUAAAUUAUAAAUCUCCGCGACUAACACUUUAAAUAUUUUUGGAGGCAUAUCUUGAGUAUGAAAAAGACUUAAUUAACUAAUUCUAAAAUUUAGGCUAUGUAGAUUAAUUUGAUGUUUCUUUAAACUCAAAAUUAGCCAGUCCUACAUUUAACGACCGAAAUAACUAAUUUAUAGAAAUGGAAAGUCCAUACAAAGAGCGAUUUCGUAAAGACUCAGUUUUUACAAAAGAUGAAGAAUUGCAAACAUAAGGAAACAUUAGAGAUAUAAAAGAAAAAAUGUAGCUUUUACAUUAACCUUUUCAGCCGCUACUAAAUCCUCCUUAAAAGCUUGAAGAAAUCAAAGUUAACAAGUUAAUGCAAGAAAUUACAAAAUUGCAAAAAGAUAUCGAUUUCAAAGUUGAAGUUAAAGAAGAAUAAAUAUUUAAAUUACUGGAUUCACUCUGUUAUAAUAACUUAAAGCAAGCAAAGAUUGAUUAUGAUAAAAAGCCAUUUUUCAAAAUUAUAGAAAAUGUAUUUAAAAGAAAUUAGGUUCUAAAUUAUAGUAAUUUUUUAAUUGUUUACCUUGAAGUUUGCCACGAAUUAUAAUCCAAGCUCACAAAUCUGGUAGUUUAAAACUGUGACAUAAAAUCACUUGACUAAGACUAGUUAAAAAAUUUAGUAACUUUCAAUAAUGUUAAACAUUUUUUAGAUAGUAUCCAUGAGCUAAACUACUUAGAGUUUAAUCACGAUUUAAAAUAACUCAAAAUUCCUUUUAGAAGGAUUUUCCAAAAAAUAAAAAGAUCAACAAAUGUAAAUAAUAUUCAAAAAAAACAAUAAAAUUAAUAAAAGGAAAUACUGCCUAACUUUGGUGACAUAUAUUACCAAUCUUAGCUUUAAAAUUAACAACCUUUAAUAUAGCAUUCUUAUACUUGCUCAAUUAUAUUUUCAGUUGGUAUACUCCUAGGAUUUUUAUUACUUGUAUUUUUAUUUACGUAUUUUAUAUGGUGA